UUCAGUUUGACAAACUUCCCGAAUUAUCAUCGACUCAAAGUCUAAAACUUAUGCAAAUGUUUUUCGUUAUCAAAAGCUUUCAUGAUAACUAUCUUAAUUCUUCGUGUAUCUUAUAUACAAUGAAUGAUAUUGUAAAAACGUUGAACAUUGUUUAAUGUUUUUUUUUUGAAAUUGUUCAACUUUUCAAAUUUUAAUUCUGUUAGCAUUAAGGGUAGUUUCAGUAUUUCAAGUAUUAAUCUUCUUUUCUGCGAUUAAUCUUCAUCAUCAUUGCUAAUGGCUGACUCAUCUUCAACUGUUAAUGAUUCAUCUGUUCCUAAUAAUUCAAGUCCCUUUUUCAUUGCUUCUUCAGAUACUCCCAAUUCAAUCCUUGUUUCCACAGUCUUUAAUGGUGUUGGCUUCAAUUCGUGGAAGAGAUCUAUGAUUUUAUCUCUUUCUGCUAAAAACAAAUUAGGUUUUGUUGAUGGAUCAAUCGCUAAACCAGAUUUCAAUUCUUCUUCAUUUUCUUUGUGGUUUCGUGCAAAUUCGAUGGUCAUCAGUUGGAUCUUAAAUUCUCUUUCCAAAACCAUCACUGAUAGUGUUCUUUUCUUUGAAUCUGCUUCUGAAAUUUGGAACGAAUUAAUUCAACGCUAUGAACAAUCCAGUGGAGCUCAGUUGUACCAAAUCCAACAACAACUCUACUCAUUAUCCCAAGGCUCUGACGAUUUCUCUACCUAUUUCACUAAAAUCACAAAGAUCUGGGAUGAAUUAAGGAUUCUACAAGAUCUUCCUUCUUGUUCGUGUGGUACUGCUGCUCGAAUUCAAAAAUUUCUUGACGACCAGCGUUUGAUACAACUUCUGAUGGGUUUAAAUGAUACAUAUAAAGUUGUGAGGGGUCAAUUGCUCAUGAUGAAGCCAUUACCAUCUGUAUCUACUGCAUAUUCCAUCCUUCUUCAAGAAGAACAACAGAGAGGUAUUACUAAUUCUCCUUCUAUCCAUUCGGAUGCGAUUGCUAUGCAAGCUUCAUAUGAUAAUUCUUCCAAAAAGACUCUCACAUGUAAUCAUUGCAAGAAAUCGGGACAUACCAAAGCACAAUGUUACAGGUUAAAUGGUUUUCCGCCUAAUUUCAAAUUCACAAAAGGGAAAAGAGAUGAUAUCAAGUCUACUGCACAGAAUGUCACCACUCAAUCUACCUCUCCCAUUACUGUUGAUCAGUACAAUCAAUUGCUUCAAUUACUCACUGUUCACAAUUUCAGUCCAUCUUCUUCAUCAACUCAAGCCAACACUUCCAUUAGUGAAGGGGCUAUGAACAAUGAAGGACCCUUUAUUGAAGAGUAAGAUUGCUCUUGGUAUAUUGGGACAUCGAGUUAAUGAUCUCUAUGUUUUCGAUCAUAGAUCUAUUAGAACAAGUCUUUCUUUCAAUUGUUCUGUUUUCCAAUUUCCAAUAAUUGCCAAUUGUUAUAAUGUUAAACACAUUUCCAAUGUAUCUGUUUGGCAUAAUAGAUUGGGGCAUGCCUCUGUUGAAACACUCAAACAUCUUAAUGUCAUUCCAUCAAAUACUAAUAGUACUAGUAUUUUCCCUUGUUCAA